CCGGCCGCUCGCAACAAGCGGCCCGCGGCGGGCUGCCUCGGCCGCCGACACCCCCCGCCCCACGCACCGCCUGCCCCCGGAGCCCCACGAAUCCCCGCAAACCGCCCGCCCAAGGACCCUCCGCGCCCCUUCGCCCGGCACGGCGCCCUGGCGAGAGCCGGCCGCCGCCGCCCUCGCUCCUCUCCCCUUCACGCCCACCACAGCCCCCCGCCCUCCCUAGCACGCCCACCCGCGGCACCCCGCCACCCACACCCGCCGGCCCUCCGCCUACCCGCACGCCUUCCCUCUGCCCACCCCCCGCCCCGCUCCGCACACGCCCACCCCCGUCCAUUGCCCCUUCCCCAGAGCCAGACCCGCGCCGCGCCGGGCAGAGCCCCCGCUGCCGGCUCCGCGCUGACCCUCCGGCCGCUCCUUCCCGCCGCCGGGGAGAAACCCCCUCAACAAAGGAGGGGGAGCAGCGAAAGGCGGGGGACGCGCGCACGCCCGGCCGCUCCGUCCGGAUGCGGUGAGCCCCCCGCUUCGCCUCCGGGGCCGCCUCAGCGCGGGAGGGAAGCGGAGGAGAAGCGGCGGCGCGGCGCGGCCAGCCGCCACCAUGGGCUGCUGCACGGGGCGCUGCACGCUGAUCUUCCUCUGCUCGCUGCAGCUGCUGGCAGCAUUAGAGAGACAGAUCUUUGACUUCCUUGGUUUCCAAUGGGCUCCUAUCCUUGGCAAUUUCCUACAAAUAAUAGUUGUCAUUUUGGGUUUGUUUGGAACCAUCCAGUUUAGGCCUCGGUAUAUAGUCGUGUACACGGUGUGGACUGCCCUGUGGGUCACCUGGAAUGUUUUCAUUAUCUGCUUCUAUCUGGAAGUAGGUGGACUUUCUAAGGAAACCGAUCUCAUGACCUUUAACAUCUCAAUGCACCGCUCUUGGUGGCGGGAACAUGGGCCCGGCUGCAUACGAAGGGUGGUGCGUCCUUCUGCCCCCGGCAUCCUAGAGGAUUACUCCUACGUCUCCGUGACGGGCUGCCUAAUUGAUUUCCAGUACCUAGAGGUCAUUCACAGCACUAUCCAAAUACUCCUCUCUCUGAUCGGAUUUGUCUAUGCCUGUUACGUGAUCAGUAUUUUCAUGGAGGAGGAGGACAGCUUUGAUUUCAUAGGCGGACUUGACACAUACUCCUACCGACAGCCCCCCCAGGAACAUGUUGAGUUAAAGCCUGUAAAGCCUGUAGGUCGAAGUAAGUAAUGAACAUGGAAUCAAGACUUCUGCUGCUGUAGCUGAAGAAACAGAUUUUAGAAGAAAAGACCAACCUUGUGACUCAUCAUUCUGGAAGAAGCCCACCAUCCGUUUCUCACGGCAUGUGGCUUGUUCUUCCCACAGGCUCAGUGUCAUUAUCAGCGUUGUUAUUUCGUAGAUCCUUGUAGAUGAUCUUGAAUUUUUGAAUAAUUUACUUAUAUGGACACUUGUAAAUUGUAAAUUUUUUUCUUUUUUAAUUUCAAUAUUUUUACAACAUUUAGUGUUAAGGCAUGAAAACAAAACCACCUGUGAAAACUAGGAGAAGGAUGUGUCUUUCUGAAAAAAGUCAGUAUUUUUUGACUGAUAGAAUCAUACUGUACCUGGACAAGAUUGUGUUAGUAAACAGUAAUUUUGACUCCAAAAUAUGCAGCAGGAGUCAAAGCCUAACAGUGUACAAGAGAUUAUUUCAAUGCUGUAUUUAGAAUUCACAAUGCCCACUCCUUGCAUUGUCUGAACUGCUGUAUGCAGUAGGAAUCGGUCUGUGACUCUUCUUACCCAGAUGUUCCAGCGGUAAUGUGCUCAUCUAACUAUAGCAAUUCAUAUAUGGCUCCUUCUCCCUUCCUAAUCUCUUUUGCCCUGAGCCCACCACCAGUAGCUGUCUCUGAUUUGAAGAGAAGUAGGAUGACCGCUCUGUGGAUGUCGGUCUCUAGGAACUCUUACAUCCAGGGUUCUUUAGAUGUCUGUGAUUUGCACAUUUUUAAAUUUUUUUCCUCCCUUGUCCCAGGAAGAAGCCAAGCAUGAAUGUACGGUACAAGGCACCGACUGAAGCCUUAGAAGCCUCCGGGGACUAAUUUUGCUCUUAAUUUAAAAGUAAACAAACGAUCCUACAAAUGUGUGUAAAAACUUGUAAAGUUAUUUGUAAAUACUUCUAGACAAAGAACACGUAUGUAACUCUGUGGUAUUUUGUUUUCUAUUCCGUCACCACUAGCAUAAAGUGAUACACAAAAGCUAUUUCUCUGGGGAACUGGCAGUCUUUUUAACAGGACACUGUGUUUCUUUCUUCUUAAUUACUAUAUAAAGUGCUGUGCACAGUUGUAUGCCCCAGAGAGUUACGUCUCUCCGCAGAGCCUGCGUGCCUCAGCAUUCAACAGAUACUUCAUCAAGGUUUUGGAGCUCUUUCCGUUUUUGCCCUUUCUCUUUUUACAGUUUCUUUGGUGGGACUGUCAGGAAGGACAUUCCGUCUGAUAUAUGUAUCUCCACCUCUCCACCAGAAAUUGAAUAUAGGUCCACUAAGUUCCUUUAUAAAUAUCCUUCAGUCUUCAGCUGGUAAUUUCUGGUCCAACAGCAUUCAGGUCCUAAAUUUGCAGCCUUCUCUUAAAGCAUGCCUCCCCUGUACUUUCAAGUCUGAGAAGAUUAGAGCUAGAAGAAAGUUUGUCUUGAUUAUGUCCCUUCUGAAGUCUAUUUGUCUUAUCAAUACAAACCUAGUAGGGAUGCUAAUACAUACAAUGGGGGUAGAGGCUAUCAUUCUUAGGUGACAAGGCUCUAGUGGUGCAUCCACCUAUUCCCAGCUAGUUAAAUCAGAGAGCUCACUGUUUUUGGAGAAAACAUAACCUGAACAUGUUAGCUUUCCCUGAAACCAAGUAUGAAGUAAGUGUUAAGACAGAAUCAACAGAAACAACAACUGAAUAAACCCCUUUCUUAGUAUUCCUAGGACUGGAUAUACCUCAGAUGUCUUUUUGUGGAAAGUCAGAUGGUGCCAAAAAGAGGGAUGCUUUGUAUGAAGGUAAUGCCAUCUGUCCUCAUGAAUUUGUGUGUUCCCUCAUACACACCUUCCACCUAUAUUCUAUAAUACUGCAAAGUACCAGGUUUGUCCCAUCUUGAAGACCUCACCUUAGCACUAAAAAACAGGUAGCUUGUCAUAAAACUAAUAUGAAUAAUAUCAUUGUUGAGGUAUCAUGGAAAAUAUACAGUGUGAAUUGCUUUAUAGUUGUAAUAUUUUAAUAACGUGAAAACAUUUUUAUCUACUUCUGUAAUAUUUUACUUCUUAGCAUGACAGAUUAUUUUGUUUCUUUAUAUGAUGUUUUAAACAGUGAUGAUGUCUACCUA